CUGAAAGUCUCAAAGGAAGCGUUUGGUAUCUAAGCUAGGAAUUUUGUGCACAUUGAAUCUACAUUAUUUACCUUUAUCUACUGAAACUCACUAAAAUGUUCACAGCCGAGCUUGUGAUGGUUUUUGAAAAGUGUAAGCUGUGAAUUCAUUGGCAGCUGGUAAAGGUAACUGAAACGGAACAAGAGCACGAUGGACUCCUCCCCCGUGGUUGAAAUGCUGUAUAAAUGCAGCAUCAGCCUGUCCACAACAGUGUCUGAAAGCUUAUUGGUACCCAAACAUGAAGGGACUGAGCUUGGUUCUUCUUGUGCUUCUCCUGAUGCUCGCAGUUGGGGAGGGCAAUGAUCCAGAAAUGCAGUACUGGACAUGUGGGUAUAGAGGACUCUGCAGACGGUUCUGCUAUGCUCAGGAGUACAUCGUUGGUCAUCAUGGUUGCCCUCGAAGAUACAGGUGCUGUGCUACGCGGCCUUAGCACCUGUCCUCUAUGGAAGAGCCUGGAAAAUGCCACAUCGUAAGGGGUUACACCUUCAGUACAGGUAGCUGGGAGCCUGGUAACUGACGCAGCAUUCAUCUGGAUAAACCAUUUUGACAACUUUAUUUUUACUCUCAAUCAACCCCUCUUGGACUUCUAACAUGCUGUGCAAUCUGACAAUGAGGGGUUUUGAUGUGAACUUUAUAUAGUUAGGCCAUUACAGCGAUUAGGUGUGCAGCUGUAAUCCUGUUGCUCAGAGAUUUUGUUUGAGUUAUUAUUGCCUGAAACUUUGUGUGACUGAUCCUGGACCUAACAUUUAAUAACGUUUCAUAAUAAAUCCUUUGUGAACAGUUACUUCUACUCUGAAAAUGCAGUGUUGCCAAUAAAUGCAUGGAAAUAAA